GGGCAUUUCUGCAAUUUAUGCUUGAUAAUUCAUAAACCCUUUUCUCUUACAUAAACCCUAGUUAACUGAUUUAGGGUUUUUCUUCCGUCUAUUUCACCUUCCUCUUUCUUGUGAUUUUUCUGGAAAAAUGGCGAAGCGUUUGAUGCCAUUGUUGAACAGAGUUUUGGUAGAGAAGAUUGUUCCUCCUGCUAAGACUCAUGCCGGAAUUUUACUCCCUGAGACCAGCAAUAAGCUAAAUUCUGGAAAAGUUCUUGCUGUUGGACCUGGCCUUCGUGACAAGACGGGGAAUCAUAUUCCUGUGGCUGUCAAAGAAGGGGAUACUGUACUCCUUCCUGAAUAUGGAGGAACUACAGUGAAGCUUGGUGAAAAAGAGUAUCACUUGUACCGAGAUGAAGAUAUAAUGGGAACACUGCAUGACUGAUUUUAGUGUCAUUUCCUGGCUUGAUCAAGUACACCCUAUGAUUUGUUAUCUUAGGAAAAUUUAAAUUUUAGCACAUUGUUGAUGAAGCAGCUAUCUUAGAAUUGAUAUUCAAGAUGGUAAAAUGUGAUAGAAUGCGAUUUUAUCCUUUUGCGGACUGACCAAUGUUUUUUACUUGAAUGUGAAACUGUAUUAUGGAUUCAAAAUAUUAUGUUUCUUCUUUCAAGUACAACUUUUUUUUUUUUUUUUUUUUUACUUUUUUCAAAUUCUCCGGAGUAUUGCUUCAUCAUCCUCGUGGUGUCCAUAUUCGGAUUUUUUGUCAUUGCAGAAUCAGUUAUAACUUAUAAGUGCUAUGUCUACUAGUUAUUAUACUGGUUAAAUAAGUGCUUUUACCCCA